AUGACGUCAGAGGAGCACAUGCAGGCCGAGUCUGCAGUAGCAGCCAGCGUCCUGCUGGUGGAGCCAUUCUACGGCGGUUCUCACCGGCAGGCUGCUGAUCUGCUGCAGACCCACGUGCCUGGGUGCGUCUCUUUCACAUUACCUGCCAAGAAGUGGCCCUGGAGGGCCCGGACGUCCGCGCUGCACUUCAGCCAGACCAUCCCGGCGUCGCCGUCCUACAGGGUCCUCUUCUGCAGCUCCGUUCUGAACCUGUGUGAGCUGGCGGCGCUGCGGCCGGACCUGGCCCGCCUCCGGAAGCUCCUCUACUUCCAUGAGAACCAGCUGGUCUACCCCGUCCAGAAGGACCAGGAGCGAGACUAGUAUGGAUACAACCAGAUCCUCUCAUGCCUCGUGGCCGACCUGGUCGUCUUCAACUCCACCUUCAACAUGGAGUCUUUCCUCUCCACCAUCUCAUCCUUCAUGAAAAAGAUUCCAGACCAUCGACCCAAAAACUUGGAAGAGCAAAUCCGACCCAAGUGUGUGGUUGUGCACUACCCGGUCCAGUUCCCAGACAUCAGGAGGUCAGUGACCCCCAGAGAGGGAGAGGGCCGCCAGGGCCUGAUGUCAAGAGCUGCUCCUCCUGCAGGUUCCUGGCUGGGAACGAUGACCUGCGCGGCGGAGGAGCCGCUACACAUCGUCUCCCACAGGUGGGAGCACGACAAGAAUCCAGAGCUUUUCUUCUCCACUUUGCUGAAGUUGAAAGAAAAACAAAAGAAGUUUCGCUUGUCAGUGCUGGGAGAGACUUUCACUGAUGUUCCAGAGAUCUUCGCGGAGGCCAAGCGUCAGUUGGAGUCGGAGGUCCUUCACUGGGGCUUCCUCCCGUCCAAAGACGACUUCUGGUCGGUCCUGUGCGCCGCUGACGUGGUGGUCUCCACUGCUGCGCACGAGUUCUUUGGCGUGGCCAUGCUGGAGGCUGUGCACUGCGGCUGCUUCCCCCUGUGCCCCAGGGCCCUGGUCUACCCUGAAAUCUUCCCUGAUGAGCACCUCUACUCCACACCUCAGCAGCUCUUCCAGAAGCUCCGGCGACUUUGUGAGCGCCCGUCCGUCGCUCGCAGGCACGUCGUCAUGGUGGACUGCGACGCCUUCUCCUGGUCGACUCUGAAGGAGCGCUACCUGACUCUGUUGGCGCCCAGCGACCCGCCACCGGACCCUCUGGGCCAGAGGAGCUCUGGUAGCUGACAGCAUGUUUCUCUUCUGUGCAGCGUUGAUGCUCGACGAUGGCGUGUUUAAAAGCCUUUGCUAAUAAAAACCGUG